GUUACCAGCUCCCUCCCCCCAGGAUCACUGACACACACACACACACAGACACAGAGACAGAGGCAGUAACAGUAACAACAGAAGAGGAGACACCACAAACACAAACAGUGUUGGGAUGCGGACAGUCCAUGUUGCGUACGGAGCUCCGGGCUCGUCAUGUAGGCUGUGUGGCCGCAGUGGUGGUCGCUGACUGGCGGCUACUAACCGCAGGAGCAGAGAGGCUAAGCUUGGCUCGGCGCGGCUCGGCUCAGCUCGGCUCGGCUCAGCUCAGCUCCCUGUCAUCUCUCGGUGUGUUUCCCCCUGCUGCUCCCUGGAAGCUCCAGCAACUCAAGGUCAAAUGGUUUUUACUGCAGCGGCUACACUAGAGCGCAGGACCAGGGCAUGGAUAUAUCUGAACUGGAGUUGGUUCAGAUAAUAAUAAUCCUCCUGGUGAUGACCCUCGUCGUAGUCAUGAUCAUCUGUCUUCUCAGCCAUUAUUGGCUGCCGGCCUUGGCCUUGAUCAGCAGGUUCAGCCACAGUCAGAGAGACCAGGCUACACAGACGGUGCUGCACAGCCGUCUCCACAGCGACCUGCCGCCCUUCAUGCAGCAGCAGCAGCGGCGCGAGCGGCAGCAGCAGCAGCUGUAUCGCCUGCAGCCCACCUUUCCGUACCUGCAACAGGAAAUCAUCGACCUCCCUCCCGUCAUCUGCCUGUCAGACGGCGAGGAGCUGCUCCCUUACAAAGGCCCCUGCAGUCUACAGCUGCGGGACCCCGAGCAGCAGCUGGAGCUGCGGCGAGCGACGGUGCGCGCUCCGCCAAACCGGACUGUGUUUGACAUCGACCUCGUGGAUAUUUACGCGCACAGAAAGAGCGCGCCGGAACCCGGCGGUGACGACCCCGGUGUCAAAAUGGAGGAUCCGCCGCCGUCCUACAGUGAGGUGAUGUUGGACCGCUCCACACUGCGUGCGGACGGCAGGUCAGAACAUGACGGCUCACUGACGGACGUUCACACUGACAGCACUGACUCGUACAGCUGA